UAUUCGUCGAACGCUAAGCAACAUAUUCAUAAAAAGUUGUCUAGCCAACCAAUAAGUAUAUGUUUUUCGUCGCGGUGGUGGAAACUAUGAAAUAAUCGCUCGCGGGUGUGCUAAAAAAGAAACAGCGUGACCAAUUCUUCAGAUAUAUCCAGUCUAUAUAAUAUAGAUCAACCAUGGCCACCGAAACUACGAAAAUGAUCUACACACCACCGCCAAUAGACAUCAAAAUGGAAAUUGAAAUUGGAGAACCACCCCAACCGCCUGUGAAGUUUUCCAACUUCUUCUCCAAUCAUUGGAAAGGAUUGGUGGUCUUUCUGGUGCCCCUGCUAUGCCUGCCCGUUAUGCUUCUGAACGAGGGCCCCGCGUUUCGGUGCAUGUACCUGCUUUUGGUAAUGGCCAUUUUUUGGGUGACAGAAGCCUUGCCACUAUAUGUGACCUCCAUGAUUCCCAUUGUCGCGUUCCCUGUAAUGGGUAUAAUGAGCUCCGAUCAGACUUGCCGUUUGUACUUCAAAGAUACACUGGUAAUGUUCAUGGGCGGCAUUAUGGUCGCUCUGGCUGUGGAAUACAGUAAUCUGCACAAACGUCUCGCCUUGAGGGUAAUCCAGAUCGUGGGCUGCAGUCCCCGAAGAUUACACUUUGGCCUUAUUAUGGUUACAAUGUUCUUGAGUAUGUGGAUCUCGAAUGCAGCCUGUACUGCCAUGAUGUGUCCGAUUAUCCAGGCUGUACUGGAGGAGCUUCAGGCCCAGGGCGUCUGCAAGAUCAACCACGAACCUCAGUAUCAAAUCGUCGGAGGCAACAAGAAGAACAACGAAGAUGAGCCGCCAUAUCCCACCAAAAUCACUCUCUGCUACUAUUUGGGCAUUGCCUACGCCUCCUCGUUGGGCGGCUGCGGAACCAUCAUCGGAACCGCCACCAAUCUGACCUUCAAGGGAAUCUACGAUGCGCGUUUCAAGAACUCCACCGAACAAAUGGACUUCCCCAGAUUCAUGUUCUACUCGGUGCCAUCUAUGCUGGUGUACACCGUGCUGACAUACGUGUUCCUGCAGUGGCACUUUAUGGGCCUGUGGCGUCCCAAGAGCAAGGAGGCUCAGGAAGUCCAGCGGGGAAAGGAGGGCGCCGGUGUGGCCAAAAAAGUGAUUGAUCAGCGCUACAAGGAUCUGGGCCCCAUGUCCAUUCACGAGAUCCAAGUGAUGAUCCUGUUCAUCUUCAUGGUUAUAAUGUACUUCACCCGCAAGCCGAACAUCUUUACGGGUUGGGCCCAGUUGUUAGACACCGUGGACGUCCGCAACUCAAUGCCUACCAUUUUUGUCGUGAUCAUGUGCUUUAUCCUACCGGCCAAUUAUGCUUUCCUGCGUUACUGCAGAAGACGCGGUGGUCCAGUGCCCACUGGUCCCACCCCCUCGCUGAUCACCUGGAAGUUCAUCCAGGGCAGGGUUCCAUGGGGUCUGGUGUUCCUGUUGGGCGGUGGAUUUGCAUUGGCCGAAGGCAGCAAGCAGAGCGGCAUGGCCAAGAUGAUUGGUACCGCCUUGAUUGGUUUGAAGGCUCUGCCCCACGCUGUUCUCCUGCUGGUGGUCAUCCUGGUGGCCGUGUUCCUAACCGCAUUCAGCUCCAAUGUGGCCAUUGCCAACAUCAUAAUUCCCGUCCUGGCUGAGAUGUCCCUGGCCAUUGAGAUUCACCCACUGUACCUGAUCCUGCCCGCGGGCUUGGCCUGUAGUAUGGCUUUCCACUUGCCGGUGAGCACUCCGCCCAACGCUCUUGUUGCCGGCUAUGCCAACAUUAGGACAAAGGACAUGGCCAUCGCUGGAAUUGGCCCGACCAUCAUCACUGUCGUCACCCUGUUUGUAUUCUGCCAAACCUGGGGCCUUGUCGUCUAUCCAAACCUCAACACGUUCCCCGAAUGGGCGCAGGUUUAUGCCGCGCAGGCUCUUGGAAACCAGACGCACUAGAUAAUAAGUCUUUAGUGUAAAGUAACACACAUACCGCCACAGCGAUGAAACUUUAGGGAAUUGUAAAAGAAAAGUGCCUUUGCUGACUGCGAAAAAUGUGAAAAAUAUGUAACUGUACUUGCAUUUCUGAAUUGCGAAAAGUUUUGAUACAAAAAUAUUAACUCCUGUUUAGCAAAACGUGUUGAAAAGAUUUAUCACAAUAUACUAUUGAUCAGGACCUAAGCACCUGUUUCCCAAACUCAGCUAAAUAUUUAAAUACAAAUUAAUGUUACUUAAUUGUUGCAUUUAGCACACAAAGAUUUCAAAAAUGUAAAUAAAUUAUGUUCUUUGGGAGCACUGGCUUGCCAAUACUUUUAUAACUAGACUGAGAGAAUAUAUACACGUUUUGCAAUUUGUAAAAAUUUAAUAUGAACAACUUACUCAAUACUUGAUUGCGAACCGAAAUGAGCACACAAAUAGCCUUAGUCUAAGCUUAAAUAAUACUGUGUAAAUUUGCAAAUGAUUUAUGUUUUAUAUAGUUUGUAAAAAAUAUCAAAUAAUAAAAGCUCAAACGACAAUAA